AUGCGCUUCUCCACUAUCCUCCCUGCUCUCUUCGCAGCCGCAACCUCGGCGGCCAAGUUCCAAAACUACAUCGACAACUCGUGCCAGAGCUACGCCGGAGACUUCAACUUUGUUUCGGCAAAGGAGCAGCAGCAACUUACUCUGCAACAAUUUGCAAGCGUGCCCGAGUGGAGUAACAAGGACAGAGAUCUCCAGUGCCCCCACAACAAGCAGAACACUUACCGAUACAUCCUUGUGCCCCAGUGGAACUCUACCGGAGUCGAGAGCCCUCGUCCCACAGUACAGGGAGGAGGCUUCACUGUCAUCUACCACGACGACACCGACACGUACGCGCUCUGCUACUACUUGGCCUCGCCUACAAAAGACUCGUGGGGAUCGUUCGGAAAGUGCACAAAGGAUGUUUAA